AUGUCAACACGCACGCUCUUCUCCAAUGGGCGUAUCCUGAUUGAUUCCGGCAGUGGCCGGCAUGAAGACCCCUCUUUUGCAGAUAGCAUGUUGGUUGAGGACGGCAAGAUCACAGCAAUUGGUUCAAACAACGAAGUGAUUUCUUCUGGGAUUUUUCCGAAUCUCGUGCCUCGGGACCUUAAACAGCAGGUCGUCCUCCCCGGGUUCAUAGAUGGCCACAUGCACCUCCUUCUUCUUGGCCAGUCGCUUCGCAAACUUGACUUGAAAAACUGCAAAUCCGUGGAAGAUAUAAAAUCAACAAUCAAAGAGUAUGCUGCUGCAAAUCCAGAUAAGCCAAGUAUCCAAUGCAAAAAUUGGAUGCAUUCUAUGACUCCCAACGGCGUGACAGCGGUGAUGCUCGAUGAUAUCGAUCCUCGCCCUAUUUUCAUUGAUGCAAGUUCUCAACACUCAUGCUGGUGUAACUCUGCGGCUUUGAAAGAGCUAGGUGCUGCCAGUAUGCCCGAUCCGUCGGGGGGCAAAAUUCAUCGAGAUGCCAAAGGGAAUCCUUCCGGUGUUCUGGAUGAAGGUGCCAUGAUGUCCAUUAUCUGGCCUUUUCAAGCUAUAUCAAGCUCAAAAGAAGACCGAAUGGACGCAAUCCGUGCAGCUGUCCGAGAGUACAAUGCAGCUGGCUAUACUGGUGUGGUAGAGAUGGCCAUGGACGAAGAGGCGUGGGAUUCUCUCGUCACAUUGCGCGCAAUGGAGCCCGACUUUCCACUACGAGUUGCGGCUUACUGGCUCAUCAAGCCCAGCCUAAGUCUCGAAGAUAACUCCAAGCAAAUUAGACGCGCUCUUCAGCUUUCCCAACAGUACAACACCGCUACAACUCCGGACUUGCGCAUAGUUGGUGUGAAGGUCAUUUGCGAUGGCAUCAUUGAUGCUUGCACCGCCUUUCUAUCACAACCUUACGCCCCGGCAGACUCGCCUCCGCCAAUCUGGGUACCAGAGCACUUGAAUCAGCUUGUAAAAGAAGCAGAUUCCGUUGGUCUACAGAUUGCGCUCCAUGCAAUCGGCGAUGCGGCCAUCAAGAUGGCAAUCGAUGCGAUUGAAAAGCAUGCAACGCCAGGUAGACGACACCGCAUUGAGCAUCUUGAGCUUGCAUCCCCUGAAGAUGCCAAAAGGUUGGGAGAGCUGGGGUUGACAGCUUCAAUUCAGCCGGUUCAUGCCGAUCCGUCAAUCCUGACAGAGUGGCCCCGUUUACUUGGGAAAGACCGUUGCCAGCGUGCAUUUGCAUACCGGGAGUUUGCUGACGCUGGCGCUUUGAUGGCUAUCGGUAGUGAUAGUCCAACUUCGCCAUGGAUGCCGAUGCAUAAUAUUUACGUUGCGACAACGCGACGCUCUGCUAGAGAUGUAGAUUAUCCUCAGACUGUGAACGAACAUUUCAAACUUGGUUUGUGUGAGUCUAUGGUUGCAGCAACAGGAGGUGCAGCUCGAAGUGUUUUUGCGGAAGAGAGGGCAGGCAGUUUGGCCGUGGGAAAAUUGGCAGACUUCGUCAUUGUCGAUAUGGAAUGGGAUGCUAAUACCCUGCUAAAAGCCAAAACUAUGGAGACGUGGUACGGGGGAAAGCAAGUCUGGAGCUCUGUAGAUGUGGAUAACACAGUAGUGAAGGUCUGA